CCAAGAGUAUUCUCAUUGUGAGAAAGCGCGCAGAAAAUGAUGGCGAGGCAGUCGCCCGAGGAAGCUGGCUUCGUGAGAUGUGGGGACAUCUGGAUAUGUAAGCUGCUGUUGAAUGGAGGGAGGGUGUGCAACGAGCAAUUCUCGUGUAAGAAGAAGCACCUACUCGAGACGCAUCGCCUGGAGCAGCAUGAUAUUCCCGGCCCGUUGCCGACGCUGAAAACGGGUAGGAUCGUCACUGUCUCAGAAGAAGAAAAGAGAGCGAAGCACGCUGCGAGGCAGGCAAGAUACGUUGCCAAGAAAGGCCCUGACGCCAUGAAGGCGAUAGAGGAAGCCAGCAAGAUGACCAAGCUCACCCAGAAGUUCAGAGAAGCAUUCGAUAUCCAGUAUGAAGAGGUGGUGUGGGUGCCUAUGAACCGCAGAUUUACCGAGCUGCUGGACAGCUGCUACUUCCUUGGUCAGCCGUCAGGAGGAGGUUUGACACGAUAUGACGUCAUUGCGAAGCUUUCGUGA